UAUUUGUCUUUCAGAUAACUCGUCGAUAUGCAGAGUUUUCUGCCGCCAUUGUCAGCUUGAACGAAAGCUUCCCAGAUGAAAAGGUUAACAAAGUUCUCGCCGCUUUACAAGUUGAGGUCGAGAACUUCAUCUUAAGAAUGGCGGCGGAGUUUCCUCUGCGGAAGGAGCAGCUCAUCUUCCUUAUAAACAAUUACGACAUGAUGUUGGCUGUAUUGAUGGAAAGGACAUCAGAAGAUUCUAAAGAGGCUGAAAGUUUCCAACAGUUACUCACAGCCAGAAUACAGGAGUUUGUUGAAGAGAUUCUGUCUCCGGCGUUUGGUGGAAUGACUGCUUUUGUUAAGGAGACGGAGCCUCUGUUAGAACGAGGACAGGGUCAGGUUAUCAGGCCUGAUGAACGUAUGUUGAACUUGUUUUCUCUGGAUACCUCUUGCAGACCUAAUACUGCAGUUUAAUUUGAACAAAAUUAACACGUUUACAAGUCGA